CUCAAAGUGAAGAGACGUGUGUGGACUGUCCAAAGUGCUCGACACCCGCCAGUGGAUACCCACAGGAAUAACUACCGUGUGUACCCGGCUAAAAUAAUCCCCGAAAAUUAAUAACACAAUCUCGCCAGCUGCAGAAGAGUUUGUUUUAACACCUGUUAACGUGUUAAUGAGUGGUGCUACCUGAGAAUUUUAACCGAUUGAGUCUUAGGAAACCUAGUAAUGCCUAUCACCCUACCUCACACAACAGUAAUAACACGAGAAAAACAAAGAAUGUGUGAAAGCUAGUAAUAUGCUAUUAAACAUCAAUUAAAACAGUAAAAUAAAAGAAAAAAAAAAGAAAAAAAAGGGGGUUUUGUUUUUGUGAAAAUUAAAUUCAAAAUCAGGAGAUCAGAUGCGAGGUCUCCAAGUGGUGGUCAACUCGGGGCUUCGUGGCGCCGCGAUUGAGCGCCUCUAAAACCAGACGACGUGGAAAGAAUGAAGUUACUGGAAGUGCCAAGCGAUUCUUGCUUUAGUGCACUCCGGCUAAGUGUUGGUGGUCAAGUGCCCUUCAGAACAGCGAGUGUCUAUCUUGGUUCAUCGCGUGUGUCAGGGAGAAAGACACACUUGCGAACUAAAUGUGGGAGCCCGUGAGUUAAAUGAUCUUUAUUAGACUGAGACACCUUGCCGUUAUCCUGCUGGUUCUGCUCUUUGUGGUCUCAGCAAUGGGUGGAAGCAAUGAUCGGUAUAGAUACUUCGCCUCAGCGUCUAACUCUGGCGUCUGCCUCUCGUUCAAGCACGGCGGCAACCUCACCGACUGUUGCAACAAAGACGACCACCUGCAAAGAUUCUACGUGACCAAAACAGGGCCGUCGACGGGAAUCUUCCACACGGAGAACUUGACCAAGAUCUUGUGUUACGACGACAGGAAGGGCAAGUUCAAGCUCAUGAAGAGGAGAUCCUUCGCCAGGCUGGAUGCCCUAACCUGCCGCGACAACCCUAACAGUGUCCGGCGUGUCAGACACCGCAGGAAGCAUAAGAAGAGGUCGAAUUCGAGGAGGUCGGCCUCAUGCCCCUUCAGUGCAAGAGACAAGGAGAUCCUAAAGAACCCCAGAGGGAGCAUGACGUGUGUCCUACACGAGACGCUGCGGGGAGGAUACACUUAUAUAUCCGUGGAGGAGAAAAAAAAGUACCUAGCGGUGAGGGGCGGGAGAGUUCAGAAGCUCAUGAACAAAAAGAGAAGGAGAAGAGAACCCAGGUCCAAGAACAGACAAUUUAUGGUCAUGAGUGAGGAAAACGUGGCCAAGAUCACCAACAGGGCCUGUGUGCACUGAUGGACGGACCGCCGCUCUUUUGUUUUCUAUACACGGAAAACACGAAAAGUGAAAGCCCUAAAUGCCCUGAAUCGGUUAUGAAAAUAAUUCCGUAUUAGGGUAUAGGGACCGCAGGGUGUAAUGACCGCAGGUUUAAGGACCGCAAGGUGUAGUAAACUACAAAGGCCUGCAGAACAGCAAGGUGUUGAUAGUUGCAAGGUGUGUGUAAGAGCAGGUGUAGGAACAACCAGGUGUUAAGUACUAACGGAGAGGGUCUGUUGCUUCUUCGGUCGCCCCCUUCGGCAAUUUUCUUCGGCCACCUUCCUCAAUCCUCCUGGAGGUGAAGGAGAACCAAGGGCUGCAGCUCUUGUUGGUGUGCCACAAGGUGUAUUUCUAGGUCCUUCAGUGCUUUCUCCGAACGGCAAAGGGACAGAUAAGGCCUUAGGUGAUGGAUGAUCUGCCGUGGAUGAAGCACUUGUGGCCCGGGUGGAGUACGGAUCAUCGGCCACAUUGCCAACCUCAGUAAAAAGAAAAGAUCUGACGACGGUCUAUAUAUAUACUAGUCCUUAAAAAACACUUUUUUUUUAGAUUUACAAUAGACUAGUGAAGUGUAUUGUAGAUAUUCGUUUACUAUAAAAUUUUACGUUUUGUAAAAAAGAGUCAGAUUUUUGUUUUGGUCAUUCUCAAACUUUGCUUUUCAAUAUCAUUUAAAACUUGUUAUUUUUGACUUGUGAUUUUAAUUUUUUUGUUAUUUCUGAUGUAAACAUCUUGUAUAGGACGAUAAUGAACAGAACCAUGCCAAAGUUGUGUUUAGGAGUAGUUAUUAUGGUCUCGUGUUUUGAAUAGAGGAAAGGAAGAGUGUAUGCUAAUGACCCUCUCUCCACCCUCCUACCACAUCCGCCAGACGUACAUGACUACUACUACACACACACACACACACACACACACACACACACACACAGGCCAUCCUUUCACCUUCUUCACCUGGGCAGGAUGUAAUACUUCCAAAUUGGAGAGGUGACCCCAGAUAAUUUACCUGUUCGGAAACUAAUCAGGGAACCAGGUGGCGCUGCUCUACCUGAAGCAGAUUUUUGGUCCGUUUUCUACCAAUUUUGAGAAGGCUCUUCCUCUCUCCCUCUUUCCCUUCCACUUCCCCCUCUUUUUUUUACUCUUGUUGCUUCCCUCUCUUCUUCCUCUCCCUGCCAUUUCCACCCGACUCCCUCUCUCUCCCUGACCCACCCAUCUUUACAAGAGUGAUGCAAAUUUAGGCCCAAUUUCUGCCGUUUUUGAGACGGACUCCCCCCUUCCCUCCCCCUGAUAGCUCCCUCCCUUUUCCCUCCUCUCUCCCCAUCACCACCCAGGCGAGACAAUAGGUCCGGCUGUAAUGGUUCCCUAACUGCCAAUUAAACCUUUUAAUUAGUAGUUGGGGGGGGGAGGCCAUGUGGACUGAGUGGCGAGGUGUAAAGUAGUUUGGGAGGGAGGGAGUUCCUAGCCUUCCUUCCCUCACCCACUCCCUCUCUCCUUCUUUUGCGUACUCCUUCCAUUCCCUCCCUCCCCCACCCCUUC